UAUGAUAAAAAAAAUCUUGUAAAUUUUUAAAAUUUUGAAGGCAUCUAAACAUACCCUCAGCACCUAAGCUGAGUCCCAGCAAGCAGCAUAGCUACGUUGGAACUACAACACUUCAGCAGUUUCUGCAGGCGCAAAACGUCGAGCAGGGGCUAUGCGACUAUCGCGGUGACCUGCCCGGCCCGAACCUGCUGCAGACGCAAACCGUCGAAAAGGUUCCGCACUUCCGCGCGUACACAACAGCCACCACCCCGCUUGCCCAACGAGCGGCGCCGUCGCCUCUGAGCUCGUCCGCCCGUGGCCCCCGAGAGAACCCAGCCUCGCAACCCACGCCGAGCCUUCCUUCCCGCCGGCGCCGCGCGCAACACCCCUUACCCCCACCACCCCUCGCCGCGCCGCUCCGACCCUCGCCGAGAUGGAGGUUCUGCUAGCGGAGAUCAUCGGCUACGUCAAAUUGACGUGGUCGGCGAACUACCGAGUUGACCAGCACCGGCGCCGCCUACGCCAGUUGGUGUCCAAGAUUCGUGCGGUGGUCGGCGCCGCCGAGGGCGGCGCGGGAGCGGCCGUGCGGGACGAAGCGGUCUCAGAAUGGUUGACCAUGCUGCGCACAGAGGCGCAGCGAGGGCAGGAGGUUCUUGACGCAGCGGGCCGCGACGCUGCCGUCGCCAGCUCCGCCCGCCGCUUCCUCGAGGGCAUCAAGGCGCUGUUCGUCUGCAGCGACGAGGUGGACCGCCUCACGGAGACCGUCGACAUGAUGGAGCUCCUGGCGGGGCCCGGCGGCGACCUCGACAUGGUCGUCAAGGUCCUCAGACUAGACGCCGCCCGGGCCGCCGCCACGGAGGAGGCAAUGGACGUCGAAUUUUGCGAACUGAACCAGGCCUUAGACACAUACAUG